AUGGCGAUCUUCAGGCAGCUGUCCCUGGGCGCAAAGGCCGCCCUGGCAGCCGGCACUGUCUUCGUGUCCAUGGUCGUCUCCCGCUCCUACCUGGCGGAGAGCCUCGAGCUCAGGGCCUGGCGGUGGCUGUUCCGCCUGCAGCUCGCCCUGUUUGCCAACUCGCUCAUGCUCCUCGGUUCCCUCUACAUCUGGCGAAGCACCGUCAGCAACCUCAGCCACUCCCCUGCUGCAGAGUCGGCCUGUUUCCAGCUUUGGAAGAUGGCCGUUGUGGCCUUCCUGGCCCUGGCCCAUUCCAGUUUCUUCACCAUGCUCUUUCUAGUGGCCGAGGAGCCCUAUCUCUUUUCCCUGGCGGCCUACUCCUGCCUCGGGGCAUACAUCAUCAUGGUCUGCUUCCUCUGUACCCUCAGUGGCAUGGAGCAGGCCUACCAGCUCCUGGCCUUGCGCGCCGGCAGGGUGGUGGGCAGCCUUGACAAGACAAGGAAGCUGGCACUCAGGCCAGCGCUGGCGGUGCUGGUGACCGCCGUGCUCAGUGUGGUAGGGCUGCUGAACGCUGCCCAGCCCCCGGCUGUGAAAACCGUGGAGGUGCCCAUCCAUUGGCUGCCCGCCUCCAUGGACAACCUCAAGAUGGCGCUGCUCUCGGACAUCCACUUGGGCCCCACAGUGGGCAGGACCAAGAUGGAGAUGUUCGUGAAGAUGGUGAACACGCUGGAACCGGAUGUCACAGUGAUUGUGGGUGACCUGUGCGAUGCCGAAGCCUCUGUCCUCCGGACGGCCGUCGCUCCUCUGGGCCAGCUUCGUUCACGCCUCGGCACCUACUUCGUCACGGGGAAUCACGAGUACUACACAUCAGAUGUCAGCAACUGGUUUGCGCUGCUGGAAUCCCUGAACGUCAAGCCCCUUCACAAUCAGAACGUGAAGAUUUCUGCCACCCAGGCCCAGCCUGGCGGGGGUGAGGAUGAUGACUGGAUCUGCUUGGCUGGGGUGGACGACAUCGAAGCAGACAUCCUGCACUACUCUGGCCACGGCAUGGAUCUCGAGAAGGCUCUGGGGGGCUGCAGCCCGGACCACACCACCAUCUUGCUAGCUCAUCAGCCCCUGGCUGCCAAGAGAGCUCUCCAGGCUCGGCCAGAUAUCAACUUGAUCCUUUCUGGGCACACUCACGCUGGGCAGAUCUUCCCCUUGAAUGUGGCAGCCUAUCUCCUGAACCCCUUCUUUGCUGGUCUGUACCAAGUGGCCCAGACUACAUUUGUUUAUGUGAGCCCAGGCACGGCCUACUAUGGGAUACCCAUGCGACUGGGCAGCAGGGCGGAGAUUACAGAGCUCAUCCUGCAGCGGGUUCCCUGAACCCACCCCUGCCCCGUGCGCCUCCUCAUUGCCCUUGCCCUCCGUCCCCGAC